GUCCAAUCCAUUUUCUUUCUUUUUUGGUAAAAGAAAAUCAUUCCGUAUUUAAUUCCCUUUAAUUAAUCAAGAAUAUUAUUUCCUAAUAAAAACAAGGAUUUACAGUGCUGCAGCUGAAUCCCUGCAUAUCCCCCUGCACCAGCACUAAAAGCAGGAGGAUGAAGAGAGUACUUCUAUACGCCGUCGUUUUGCUUCUAGCUUGCCUCCACCUGCCACGUGUCGUAGAAUCUUCGGCUCGAUGCAAAGCUUGGCUGGUUCUAUCCAUCCCCACGGACAUGCCCGAGCUUCCUCGCAUCUCCGGCGUACUCUCCACAGGGGAUGUGUUUCAGUGGCUAGCAAACAAUUCAACAAGAUCACUGGACAUCAUUGCACAGUAUUGGCAGCUUCUUGCUAGCCCAAAGGAUCCUCGCUCGGGAGAUUUCGGUUAUUCAGAUUCAGACUUACAGCAACUUGGAGCUCAUAUUGGUUCUCUAGUUUACAAAUCCAUUGAUAAUGCUGCUAACCGGAAUGUUAGUAUAAGACUGAUGUCUCAUUCAGGGGUAUACCCAGAGUAUACCAAAGAACCAUCUGAUCUUGCUUCUGGAAGAUCAAACGUCAAGAAUGUGACUUUGUUACUAAGCAAAUGGUGGGGCUCAGGGAUUGUUCAUGCCAAGGUGAAAGAAGUUGGGAUUUACCUAAGUGGGUGUUCGCAAAUUGCCAGAAAUAUUAAGACUUAUUUCGAUAACUUGUGGAGAUUAGCUUCUCUCGACUCUUCAGUUCAUACAAGAAAUGUAUCAGAUCAACAAUGGCUGAUCAAUAGAACUGUUCCUUGCUGGUCCCAUUUUAUACCUAACACAGCAAGAUGCAGGUCACCUCUUCCAAAUUACAUAGAGACACCUAAUGUUUCACAAGGUUAUCCUUCACUAUCUGAUCCUGAGAUGUAUAGAAUCGACAUAGAAAGUGCUCUCUCUAUAAACCAUUCUUGUCCAGAACCGCAACGAAGCUAUCUGUCUUUUGCACCACCAGAGCUUUUGUUUGGAAAGCAUCAAUCUGAUGAACAAGGAUGGGUAGAUACAAUCAAAUCUGUAGUGGAAGGAGGAACAGUGAGGAUCAAUACAAUGGAUUGGCUUGGUCAGUCUCAAUACACUAAUCCUAAGGUUUACUGGUCAUCCCUUUCUUCCGCGGUUUCAGAGGUCGUGUUCGCCAAGAAUGCCAAAGUGAAGAUUCUAGUAGCAUAUUGGGGUCAUUUCAUUGAGGCCACUGAUGGAUACUUGAGAUCGUUGCUCUACUCCAAUGUUCUUUGCUCCUCUUCCUCUGUGCAAAGCAAAUGUUUUGGCCAAGUGGAGAUCAGAUACUACAUGGUUCCUGGUUUUAACAAGACAGGACCUGCGGUUAGAAACGGGACUAGAACCGGAAACCGGUAUCCAGAUUACACGAGGGUGAAUCACGGGAAAUAUGUGGUCAGCGACGUGAGAGCUCACAUAGGGACCAGCAAUCUCGUUUGGGAUUACUUCUUUGCGACAAGUGGUGUGAGCUUUGGCACUUACAACACCAAGAUUGUGUUGAAGCUUCAGGAUAUCUUUGAUGCUGAUUGGAACUCUCCAUAUGUAGUUCCAGUUCAAGAAUUUGGAUAAGAUGUUUCGUUAAUUAAUUCUUUAAUUUCUAUCAGGUUCGAACUUGGAUGUAGAUAUAUUGAGACAGAGUAGCAUUAUUUUCAAGAAUGUUUUCUUUUCCCGAGAAAAACACACAAAUGUUUAGUGACCGUUACACGAUCUCCAUUGUUAAAAUAGUGUCUUCAAGUGAUCAUCCUGAUAUAUUUUUGAUUAAAAAGUUUUUUCCUAAUUAAUACUAAGUCUAGAAUCCAAGUCUGUAUCAUGUGUUGUUAGUGAAUAAUAAACUUUCAU